ACCUCUUUCACUUCCCGCUACGCGCCGUGGCCGUUCGGCGCGUUCGUCUGCGUUCGUUCUUUCGCUCGUGCUCGUGCUCGUGUUCGUUCCGUCGUUUCCCGAUCCCGAUCAUUACGCGGUGUGCCGUGUGCUUGUACAGAUCACGUUCGUUCGCUCGCGACCCGAUCCCGCUCUCCAUCUCGUGCACGCCGUCGUCUACCCUGAAACACCGGAGAAUCCUCGGUCUCGUGUAAAACACGCGUCGUGAAGAAGCCGAUCGCGACGAUCCGUACAAAGUUUCCGCAGCGACGAUAAUUCCUACCAAGUGGGACGCGAGUAAAACCCUAUACGGCGACAAGGAGGCACGUGGAGGGAACUCGGUAGGAGCGGACAGGCUAAACGACAGAGAAGCUCAACGGUGUCUACGCGGGAUUCUCUCUUUCUCUCUCUCUCUCUCUCUCUCUCUCUCUGUCUCUCUGUUGAGUAGCGAGGAUCGGCUACGACGCGACGAGACGACAACGACGGCGACAACUCCGAAACGCAGGAAAAUGCCGGAGACCGCGCAUCACAUGAACGGUUACACGAAUGGCCACGCGCCGCCCGAGCUACAGCAGGACACCACUUUCCUGUUCACCUCGGAGUCGGUCGGCGAGGGACACCCAGACAAAAUGUGCGAUCAAAUAAGCGAUGCCAUUUUGGAUGCACAUCUGAAGCAAGAUCCCGAUGCUAAAGUAGCAUGUGAAACUGUAACGAAAACCGGAAUGAUACUUCUGUGCGGAGAAAUUACAUCAAAAGCUGUAGUGGAUUAUCAAAAGAUCGUUCGAGAUACAGUAAAGCACAUUGGUUACGACGAUUCUUCGAAAGGAUUCGAUUGGCGUACGUUGAACCUUUUGGUGGCGAUCGAACAACAAUCCCCAAAUAUCGCGGAUGGUGUCCAUACGGACAGGCAAGACAUGGACGUGGGUGCAGGUGAUCAGGGUCUAAUGUUUGGAUACGCAACCGAUGAAACUGAUGAAUGUAUGCCAUUGACGGUCGUAUUGGCGCAUAAAUUAAAUCAAAAAAUUGCCGAACUAAGACGAAGCGGCGAAUUAUGGUGGGCUCUUCCAGAUUCAAAAACACAGGUGACCUGCGAGUAUAUCAUGGAUCAUGGGGCUUGCGUACCUAUAAGAGUUCAUACUGUUGUGGUGUCACUGCAACAUAGCGAAAAAAUCGGUCUAGAUGAACUACGCAAAGCGAUCAUGGAGAAAGUUAUCAAAGAAGUGAUACCAGCGAGAUACCUGGACGACAGAACAGUCUUUCACGUGAAUCCUUGCGGACUGUUCAUUAUUGGUGGACCACAGAGUGACGCUGGUCUCACGGGACGGAAGAUUAUUGUAGAUACAUACGGUGGUUGGGGAGCGCACGGUGGUGGUGCGUUUUCCGGUAAAGAUUUUACGAAGGUGGACAGAUCAGCUGCAUAUGCCGCAAGAUGGGUCGCAAAAUCCUUGGUAAAAGCCGGUCUCUGUAGGCGCUGUCUUGUACAGGUCUCUUAUGCCAUUGGGGUGGCAGAACCAUUGUCGAUCACAGUGUUCGAUUAUGGCACAUCCACACGCUCCCAGAACGAGCUCUUAGACAUAGUGAACAAAAACUUUGAUCUGCGACCGGGAAAGAUUGUCAAGGAGCUGAAUCUCCGCAAUCCUAUUUACCAACAAACCAGUACAUAUGGUCAUUUCGGACGGGAUGGUUUCACAUGGGAGCAACCAAAAAAAUUGAUUCUCGAUUGAUGAGAGAGUAGGUUUUAAGUUGGCUUCGGUGUUUUUCGAUUAAUUAGACAUCCGAUAAAACGUCUCUAUUUCUCUUCCUCUAUCUUUCUUUCUCUCUCUCUCUCUCUCUCUCUCUCUCUCACUCACUCUCUCUCUCUCUUUCUCAGUAACCGUGUUAUAUUAAAUGACAAAAACGUCGCCCGAGACCUUUUUCGGAAAUUUUUUCGAUCUCUAUGCCGCAACUAUCACUGAGUCCACCGAUUUCUCAAUGCCAAUAUGUUAGUAGUAACAAGAAUUGGAGGGGAGAAGGAUUCUUUUUCUAGUUCUUUUUUUCGUUCCGUGGAGAAUAUACGGGGUUAUUGUAUACAUAUAUUAUUAUGACGACAGACAUAUAGUACAAAUCUCUCGUUCAUGAUCCGACACGCGGAUGUGAACAUUUCUUCCUUCACUUUUCGCGGAAUCGGUUCUUCGGGUGAUAAUGCCUCUCAAUAACACGGUUAAACAACCAUCUAGGUACAAUAAACGCAUUCGCGCGGGGAAAGGGGUGAACCGAAUCUGUUACGGAGCCCCGUUAUUGUUGUAAGCCCAUGUUCAUAUCCUGAUGAAAACUUCUUUCUUUAACGUUCAAUUAGAUAAUUCAGUCUGGCAUAACCAGAUUAUGAUUUUAUCGUUGAUGCAUGAUGUGGAAGUCAAAAAGAGUAAAAACUAUUAGAGCGAGCAAAUGAUAAUAACUUCCCAUCUGCAAAAAAAGAAAUGUAUAAACAGGCGCUACAUUGAUACGAAUUUUCAGAUUAAAAAAUGCAACUGCAGUCCCAUAGAUUUUUAGCACGAUACUAGUAGUCAUUCACACGUACAUGAAAGUUCGAUGCUCGGAUCUGAUCACAGUAAGCUAAUUUCCAAAUGCAUGAAAAUAUAAAUCGCAAAUCUCGAUAAGUUUGCGUUUUUUAUUUUAUUUCGACAAUUAGCGCCAUAUAUAUACACAUAUAUAUGAUCGGUCUUUCGUGUACGUAUCUUUAUUACAAUUAUUACAAUCGUUAAAGUGGUAAAAAUGUCGGAAAAUAUAAAUUGAUGACAAUGACGUGUCUUUGGCAAACGUGUACAUAGCAAAGCAGGAAAUGAUGCUUGUGUUCGGGAGUUAUGUUCGAGAGUUUCACGGAAUAGUUGCGACAUAUAUUAUCGGACCGAUCAAUACAUUACCGGUGAGAAAAAUCAUUGUUAAAACACUUUAUAGUGUGCGUGAAUAUAUGAUAUAGCACGAAUGUGUUUGCUUUAUUAAAUGUCAUGUGGUCAUUUCCCUCUUUGCUAUUCAGUUUUAACUAAGUAGAUUAAUUAUAGCGACAAAUAUUAAAAGAAAAAAAAUUUCCAAUCCUGGUAGAGAUCCAGCAUAGAUCGUAUGACGGAGCUCGAAAAUGUAGAAUUUUUAAUUGUUUUUGGUACCGACACUAUUUGUCCGACAUAUUAUCGAAGAUUUUAAUGGGAAACAAAUAUAGAGAAAUUGUAUAAAAAGAUUUAAUCUCUGUCAGAAUUAAUAUGUGCGAUUUGCGACGUAAAUUAUAAUAUCGGCAAUAUAUAUAUAUGUAAUAGUGCACAAAAAAUAUCGUAUAAAAGAAAAACACGUAAUAAAACGGAUUUUUUAAUAAA